AUUGUUUUCACUUCACAAAUGAAUACCCUUUCUCUUAAUUUGGAGAACCCAAUUCAGGACGCAAUUUCAAGAAUCCGUUUUGCUCCAAGUUCAAACAAUCUACUUAUUUCUUCUUGGGAUUCUGUGUAGUGUUGUAUAAUGUCGUAUAAUAUUGAAAAUUCGAGACGCAAUUUCAAGAAUUCGAUUCGCCCCCAAUUCGAACAAUCUACUUAUUUCUUCUUGGGCUUAUAGUCUACGAUUAUAUGAUGUUGAUAGCUCUAAGCUUCGAAUGGAAGCUCCCGGGGAAGCUGCACUCCUUGAUUGCUGUUUCGAGAAUGAAAGAGUGUGCUUUAGUGCUGCUUCUGAUGGUUCAGUUAACAGGUUUCUGGUCCUGGUUUCUAUUUGGGUAUGACUUGGAUUCAGGUAUUAAAGUGUCUGUGGGAAAUCAUGACGAUUUAGCAACCUGUGUUGAGUAUUCUACCGAAACAUGUCAAAUAAUUACUGCUGGUUGGGAUAAAAAGAUAAAUUUUUGGGAUGCUCGUUCAGCACAACCUCAUGGAUGCUUGAACAGCUUAGUUUCAGAGGUGGAGUCAAUGUCACUAUCUGGAUUAAAUUUGAUGGUUGCUGCCGGGUCCUCAGUUAAUAUAUAUGACCUACGAAGUUUUAAGACAUCAGUUCACACGAAAGGCGUCAAAGUAAAAUGUAUACGACCAAUUUUUAAUCCUAAAGGAUUUGUUGUUGGAUCAAUUGAUGGGCGAGUUCUUCUGGAGUACAUCUGCAGAUCCAGCUCAAACGAGGGGUAUGCAUUUAGAUGUCAUCCAAAGAUUAAAGAUGGGAGGCGUCAUCUUGUAACAGUUAACGACAUUGCGUUUAACCCGUCCAUUAUAGGUUCAUUUGUUACUGGUGACAAUGAUGGCUACACCACCUUGUGGGAUGCUCGAGGAAGGAAACGGAUAUUUGAGAUGUCAAGAUAUCCCAACAGUGUCGUCUCUCUAUCAUAUAGCCAUGAUGGAUUACUUUUAGCAGUCGCAUCCAGUUAUGCAUACCAAGAAGCUAACGAAAUAGAAGAGCCACCUCAGAUAUUUAUACAAGAGAUGGGGAACUGUGAUCUCACAUCCCCUUCUUCUGGAGCUUCAAACAAAAAAUGACUGCUAAUACACAACUCAGGUUAUGGUUGUUGCUCGUCUUUCCUUAUUUCAAGCUGACUCUUAACCAGCAAAUUUCACUGGUACCUGUGCACAAGGAGGCUUUCUGCGCUCACCUUCACUGAUGGCUAGGUGACCCUUACGGAGAUAAGGGAAGGACUCAACAGAAAAUUGGACGCGAGAAUGUAGAAUCUUCACACUUCUGUAAUGUCAGCUGCAGCUGAUGUAUCGUUGUCUAGUAUAUUGUUUGCUUAGUGGAAUGUAUUUCUGAAUUUAAUUGUUGAUCAGCCGAGAAAGUAAGUGCUCAUGCCAAAAUCUUCUGUCAAAUUGAUUGACUUGGGAUGGAUCUUUAUAGGCUUUAGCUCAUACAAUUUUUGAUCUUAUAAAUUAGCUAGGUAGAGUAACCCCUAUUUUCCUUUCUUCAAUAAUCAUAUGUUGUGUUCCUUCUUUGAGGUAUGCAUCCAAAGGAAAACCUUGAAGAGAUUGAUUGACAUAUUUCUUAAAUUAGAGGCCUUUUUUUUCCUUUUAUUUUU